AUGAAUAAUCAAGCUGAUCAGCUGGCGACGGUAAAUGAAGCAAUAAGAGCACUUGCAGAUAAAAUAGCACACAAGGAACGCGAGCUUGACCAGCUGAAGGCGACCUAUAACGAGAAAAUAGGCGACCUGGAUCGAUAUCUCGAAAAGCUAAAAAAUCUUGAAAUCAUUCAGGGUGGACAGAACGUUGCUGAAGAGGUGGUCAAGGUUGAGGAGUUUCGUUGUCCAGAAUGCAGAUCUUUGCUGUAUGACAAAUUGAAAGAGACAGACUAUAUUCUUCUGCCAAACAAGGUCAAACUCCAAUCUUCAAAACAUAGUCAAUGCAAUAUACCUGCUACGCCAACUGUGGUCGCAAAGAGGACAACAGUGGCUCCAAACAAAAACAAAAAGAUUACCUGCUCCUACUGCAUGAAACAGGGACACAAGAGAGCGCAAUGCCCUGAAAUUUUGUAUGGAAAAUCCGGUUAA